AAAGCUGACAGGAAGUAGCUAGUGGUAGCGUUUUCUUGUGCAGAACCGUGGAGGUGAGUGAUUUUGUCGGCUGCAGACAGUGCAAAGGGCACAAUCACUAGUUUGGCAACAGUAGCUAUGCUGCAAUGGUACAUUGCUCCCGAGGAGGCAUUUAUAGGAAGCUUUCGACCUGCAGAUGAGAAUUCCCCUUCGCUCCUGUUGCAUCUUCAGGAGUUUCAUCUCUCAGAAACAAACUUUAGACACACAGAGGCGUGGCUUAAGCGGCGCAGCGAUGCGCUUGGUGCAGUUUCGUUGCAGAGGUGACGGAGAUGAUGUCAGAGUUGGAGUGGAACAAGGCGAGGGGCUAAAUGUGGUGGAUCUGAAGGCGUUUGACUCCUCUAUGCCUUCAACUGUGAGAGAGCUGCUGCAGCUGGGGGACAAAGGGCUGGAGUGUGCACAAAGAGCUCUGGCGUCUGGCCAGUUUGUGGUUGAAAGAGCAAACAUCCAGCUGCUGUCCCCCAUCCUGGCCCCAGAGAAAGUGGUGUGUGUGGGCAUGAACUACCGGGACCACUGUCUGGAGCAGAAUGCCCCGAUCCCAGAAGAACCCAUCAUCUUCAGCAAGUUCCCCAGUGCCAUCACGGGUCCUUAUGACCACAUUAUCCUGCCCACAGAGAGCCAGGAGGUGGACUGGGAGGUGGAGUUGGCCUUUGUGAUUGGACGAAGAGGAAAACACAUCAAGGAGUCGGACGCUCUCUCCCAUGUGGCCGGGUUCGCCGUGGCGAAUGACGUGAGCGCUCGCGACUGGCAGUUUAAGCGCAACGGGAAGCAGUGGCUGCUGUCGAAAACGUUUGACAGCUUCUGCCCUCUCGGACCCGCCCUAGUAACUAUUGAUGCUGUGAAAGAUCCUCAUAACUUGGGGAUCCGCUGCCUGGUUAAUGGGGACACUGUGCAGAGCAGCAACACCAGCCAGAUGAUCUUUAAGACUGCAGAACUGAUUGCUUGGGUCUCAAAGUUUGUGACGUUAACUCCAGGAGACGUGUUCCUGACGGGAACUCCUCCCGGUGUGGGCGUUUUCAGGAACCCACCCGUCUUUCUUAAGAGAGGAGAUACAGUGGAGUGCCAGAUUGACCAGAUCGGCUCCAUCAUCAACAAGGUGGUUUAAACUCUUCAGCAGGAAACUGCAAAAUAAUAAAAAAAAAUACAACGUUUAGUUAGUUGUUUGUUUGUUUUAUUUGCAAGUGUUUAAUAGUAACAAAGAGGAAAAAUGUGGUAUUUUUACUACAACAUGAAACAAUGUAAUUAGUGACUCAACCUACUGACUCACCAGCUGGUAAAGAGACCAUCAGCAGCCGCCCACUCAUGAUGUACAGCACAAACCGUGAACCUCUUGACUGACUAACACACCGGGGGAAAAAAAAAAAACCAGGACAAUAAACGCUUCGUUUUUUAUUUUCAAAUUUAGAGGAUUUGAUUGGCAGCGGUUUCAUGAAAAGGAAGAUUGUACAAACUAUAAUGGAAUAAAAAUAUUCAUAUUA